GCUGAGUGCUCCUGCCCACGUUUAUCCCCAGUUUUCCAAAAAAAAAAAUGGAUGGCUGACCUUGCCUGCACAGAUCAUCUCUGAAAGCAGGACUUUCUAAGGGCAAUUAAAGCUCGCUUCAGAUGGCUGAGAGCAGCCCCAGGAGCCUGCAGGACCCCCCUGGCUGUGCCCCUGAUGAGAACGAGUUCCCCUUCGGGUACCCCACCAGCAUCUGCCAGGACGUGCCUGGCCAGAAGUUCCUGUGCAGCAGCUGCCACAACAUCCUGAGGAAAGCCCUGCAGACGCUGUGUGGGCACAGGUACUGCUCUGCCUGCCUCACCUGGAUCGUCAGAAACAAUAAAAAUGCAAUUUGCCAGAAAUGUAAAGAGGAAGAUCCCAACACUUUAGGUGAGGAAAGCCUAUUGGCAGAAGAAAGGGCUUUUGGUGAUGCUGCCAUUAAUAAAGAGAUUUCUGAGCUCAGAGUCCACUGUGUGACCCUUGGGUGCAGCUGGUCUGGUAUCAUGAAAGAUUUUGAAGAGCAUCAGAGUCUGUGUGAAUAUGCUUUGAUCCCUUGUCACACUGGCUGUGGGCACGUGGUGAUGAGGAGGAAGCUAGCAGAUCACUUGGAAAAGGGAUGUGUCAAUAAUGUGACAGUGUGUCAGCAGUGCCAGUGCAGCCUGGCCAGCUCUGAGUGCCAGGAACAUUCAUGUGAAGGCAGUUUAAGCAAGGAGAAAAAACCUGUGCAAACAGAAACAGCAUCAAAGGAAAAGAGCCACUCUACAUCCUCAUCCAGCAAGGAAGGCUGUUGUUUUUCUGAAGUUGGCUGUGCAUUUAGGGGAAGCAAAGAGAAGAUCCAGGAGCACGAAAAAUCCGCGCUGGGGUCUCACAUGCUGCUGCUGCUGCAGCACAUGAGGCAGCUGCAGGGAACCCUGUGCUCCAAGGGCUUCACCCCACGGCCAGAGCUGAGCUUGAAGAGUGCAGGAAAAAGCAUCAGUGAGCUGCAGAUGCCAGCAGGGCUGGAGUUCAGCAGGGAUCCAGAGGUGGACUGUUUCCCUGGAUCUUCUGUCCCUGAGGAUGAGUCUGUCCUGCAGCAGCUCGUGAGGGAGAAGGUGAUUUCUGAGCUGGAAAAUAAGCUGCACGUGUUUGAGAACAUUGUGGCAGUGCUCAAUAAGGAGGUGGAGAGCUCUAAUUUGGAAAUCCUGGCCUUCAGGAGACAGAGUGAACUGGACCAGAACAUAAUACGGAGCCUUGAACUGAAGAUUGCAGAGUUGCACCGGUGCCUGACGCAGAAGGACGCGGGCCUGAGCAGCCUGCACAAGAGCCUGCUGUUCUCUGAGCAAGCCUCCUACGAUGGCAUCUUCCUCUGGAAAAUCACAGAGGUUGGCAGGAAGCUCCAGGACUCUGUGACUGGCAGGACAGUCAGUUUGUACUCCCCAGCUUUCUACACUGCAAAAUAUGGCUACAAGGUGUGUCUGAGGGUGUACCUGAACGGGGAUGGGACAGGGAAAGGAACCCACAUGUCCCUGUUCUUCGUUGUCAUGAAAGGAGACUACGACGCUUUGCUCCCCUGGCCUUUCAGGCACAAGGUGACAUUUAUGUUGCUUGACCAAAAUAACAGGGAACACAUAAUUGAUGCCUUUCGCCCAGACCUGACUUCUGCUUCCUUCCAGAGGCCAGUGAAUGACAUGAAUGUGGCCAGUGGCUGCCCCAUGUUCCUGCCCUUGGCCAAGCUGCAGUCCCCCAAGCACGCCUACGUGAGGGAGGACACGCUUUUCCUGAAAUGCAUCAUAGAAACAAAUUAG